CACUUCUCCGGUGUUCGAUUCCAGCAGUUUAUUCGAGAGAGUCUGACUCUCAGAAAGAGAGAAUAAGAAGGAGCCGUGGCUCCCCGUCGCUUUUUUUUUUUUUUGGUCCCGCGUGAAGUCUCUUAGCAUCAAGCCCGGAGGGCUCGCUCACGCCGAGCCGAGCUAAUGAUUAAACUCUCGAGAUUGUCGAUGGAAAUUUUGUGGAGCGCUUCCGUGUUGUGUUCGUCGCCGUGCCGACUCCAUCGACGCCCGCCCGCCCGCCGGCACGAAUGUCAUCAAGUGCGAGCUUGUUGCUUGCUUGCUGACUUACCGGAAGCUAGCGCCGCUCGCGUCGACUUAACUAGAUAUUUCCGAUCCCGAGCUUUGUGGCCCCUGCGGACCAUCAGCACCCACCGCUGACCUCUGCGCUGACAAGGAUCUCCCAGAUGUAGAGGGAAUUGACAUCUGCAGCUGCUGUCUUCACUUUUCCGACCGGCGGCACGGCGGUGCAACUGGUUAGAGCGUCAGCCUCACAGUUUUGAAGACUGGGGUUCGGAUCCCGGCCCCGCCUGUGCGGAACUUGCACGUUGUCCCCGUGCCUGCGUGGCUUUUCUCCCGGCGCUCCGGUUUCCUCCCGCAUCCCCCAAAAACUUGCAUUCAUCGGAGAGAGGAAGCUGCUCUCAGACCCAGAAGUUGUCCACCAUGCGCGAGUACAAGCUAGUGGUGCUGGGUUCAGGAGGCGUGGGAAAGUCUGCACUGACGGUCCAGUUUGUGCAAGGAAUUUUUGUGGAAAAGUACGACCCCACAAUCGAGGACUCCUACAGGAAGCAAGUGGAAGUCGACGGGCAGCAAUGCAUGCUGGAGAUUUUAGACACGGCCGGAACAGAGCAGUUCACGGCCAUGAGGGACCUUUACAUGAAGAACGGCCAAGGUUUCGCUCUGGUCUACUCCAUCACAGCGCAGUCCACCUUCAAUGACCUGCAGGACCUCCGCGAGCAAAUCCUGCGAGUCAAGGACACCGAGGACGUCCCGAUGAUCCUGGUGGGGAACAAGUGCGACCUGGAGGACGAGCGCGUGGUGGGCAAGGAGCAGGGUCAGAACUUGGCCCGCCAGUGGAGCAAUUGUGCCUUUUUAGAGACGUCGGCCAAAUCAAAGAUUAACGUGAACGAAAUUUUCUACGAUCUGGUGCGGCAAAUCAACAGAAAAUCGCCGGUGGAAAGGAAGCCGAAAAAGAAAGGCUGCGCGUUGCUCUGAAGAUCGCAGCGCAACGCGACACGCAGACACACAAACCGGGUUCCGAGGCCAGACCCGACCGACAUUUCAAGCAGCCGCCACUUUUGGAAAUCCUCCCCCCACCCAAAAAAAAAAAAAAAAAAAAAAACCCAACAUACUUCUUUUAGAUGUUUUUGCAUCACGAUGGUUUCUUUUAUGGAGGAAAAAAAAGUGAACCGUUUUAGGGAUUGAAAAUGUACUGUUAAAAAAAAACGUUGGCCUCACUUUGCUGCACGAACGGCGACGACGACGCUGACGCAUCUUCGCUCUCGACUUCCGCGUACUUUGAUAUUUCCGAAGUGACUCGCCUUUUGUAUUCAGCCGCCAGCCUUCUACGUUCCGCUUAAUGUAUUCACCUCGCGUAUUGACAUAAAGUUGGACGUUUUAUAGAGUCGGCGAGCGGAGGGAGGGUGCCUUUGUGAUGAAAAGAUAUCCGACUUAAAACCUGCUCAGAUCUUGCUUCCCGUGUCCCUGCCAGCUUUUUAUCAAAUGACAAAAAUGUGGUAUGUUUGAAUUGUUUGCUGUCCUGAUGAUUAAAAAUGACUUUACUGUG